ACCACGCACGCGACGUUCGACUCUCCACAUUAUAGAUCUGCAGUAAAAACACCGAGCUCUCAUGACCAGAGUGUACAGACUUCACUAGUUAACCAAACUGAAGAUGCCAACGCAAAGUGUACUUAUCCGUGACUCCUCUUUUGUGGCGAGGGUGCUGCAGCAGUACUUGAGUUUGUUAAAGAAAUAUCCUAUCAUCACCAAAUCGGUUACGAGUGGUGUUCUCUCUGCUUUGGGAAAUCUACUGUCCCAGGCGUUGGAGUACAGGAAGAGCAACAAAGAAAAUAGCCCAAAAAAGAAAAUCAAUGUUCUGGGACCUGUACAUUUUGCAAUAUUUGGACUUUUUAUCACAGGUCCAGUCAGUCAUUACUUCUACCAUCUCCUGGAGGUGCUGUUGCCAAACACUAUUCCGUACUGCCUGAUCAAGCGCCUGCUGCUGGAACGUCUAAUAUUCGCUCCUGCUUUCCUCUUGCUCUUUUAUGUGGUUAUGAACGCUUUGGAGGGCAAGACUCUCUCAGAUGUUCAAAACAAACUUAAAACAAGUUACUGGCCUGCAAUGAAGAUGAACUGGAAGGUUUGGACCCCGAUUCAGUUUAUCAAUAUCAACUAUGUACCUGUACAGUUCCGAGUUCUGUUUGCAAACCUGGUUGCUUUAUUCUGGUAUGCCUAUCUCGCCUCGGUCCGGAAAUGAAAGCACAAAACCAGCUACAGUAGGCCUUGGUUGGUUAAAAUCCAGUUUGUGCCUUUAAUGGACUGCUGCACAUCAGAUACGUUUUAAAAGUCUUCCAGAAAAACAGAUUGGAAAUACUGGCCAGUUUCUGUAAAAUAACCGUGAUGUCUUUCUACCAAUUGUGAAAGCACUGACAAUGAUGAUUGAUUGUUGUAUUUGACUAAUUAAAAUAUAUUGAUAACAAAAAUA